UCCGGACGGCCAGCUGGCGUGUCGCGCGCUCCGUGCUCUUGAGCUCCUCCUGUCCACGCAGCGCACGGCGUGCGCCUCAACACUCGAGACCACAAGCGGCCGUGCGCUUGCGGUCGCCCAGUGGUGACCGCGUGCGUGUGUGCGUUUGCUCGUUUGACCACGUCCGGUCUGUUUGUCGGUGUGUCUCUCACAACGUGACUCGGUUUCGUGUGCCAUGAGCUUCGGCCAGUCGGGUGGUUUUCGCGUGUUGUCACUGUUGUCCUCCGGAAUUUGACGCUACCGUGUAACCACAUCGACCCUGUGUGUGUGUAUCGUCGCCGACGUUCGAGUGUUUCGCGGCGAAAAAAAAAAAAAAAGAUUAUGGAGUGUACACGCCGUGCUACCGUGACCGUUCUGCUUGUGGUGGUCGCGUGCAUCUGCGGAUACGCCAACGGCUCCUCUUCUGUUGAAGUCCAAUAUGACGUCACCUGCUCGAGCACGGAGAUGAAGGUGGUCGUGUUCCUCAACAACUCGGCCUCUGUCACGUACCUCGAGAAGCUCAAGGCCUACUCACAUUGUCAGCCACGAGUGUCGCCAGGAAAGGCAACGUUCGUUUUGCCGCUGGACAACAUCUAUGCUUGCGGAACGACAAGAAUGCACAACAAGCUCACGGGCCAAUGGAUCUACUACCACCGGAUCAUGGUGGAGACGCCCGGUGAGGAGACGCAAGUGAUUCUCGCCAAGUGCGUCCUCCCAGGGGGUUUCAACCAAAGCAUCACGUCUCGUGGACGCGCUCGUCGGGAAUCGCUUCCAUUCGACCUCAUCGAGCCCGAGCACCUGAACAUCACCGAGUAUAUCGAGGCCCGUGCACCCGUUCCCUACCUUGACGUGGCGAUCCGGCAGAACGGCCGCGUGCUGGACACCACCCUCAACGUGCAGCCGGGAACGCCGCUGGAGAUGCUUGUAUUCUUGGACCCAAAGAGCAGAGGCACCUAUGGCAUCUUAACCAGUUACCUGAAAGUCACAGAUAGCGCCAACAAGCAGGAAGAAGUGAUCGUCAUGAAUGGGUGCUCCAUCGACCCAUACAUUUUCGGUAACUUCGAGACACUCGACGGUGGCGACACACUUUCAGCCAAGUUCAGGGCCUUCAAGUUUCCCGAGUCGAACUACGUGCUCUUUGUCGGAACCGUCAACGUGUGCAUCAAGGAAUGCAAGGGCGUUCCGUGUGGCAACGAUCAAUACGGCUUCGGUAGAAGGAGGCGUUCCAUCCCUCCAGAGAUUCCGAACGACCCCAACAAAGUCUUCGAAGUGGAACUCACCACGUUUCUCAAGGUUCAAUACAGGGACGACCUAUUCACGCUCAAGAAAGGGUCCAUAUCGGGCGAGUUCGACGCUCGGACGGCCAACCAGCUGCCGCUCAAGCAGGACGGGGACACGUCCUUCCUGGAUCGCUCCGCUGCCGGUCGUUGCUGCUGCUUCUGCGCGCUUCCUCUGCUUGGCCUGGUUUUUGCGGUCGCUUACUCGCGGGCGACGCUCAGGCUUUCCUUCUGAUCACGCAACGCGCGAUUCGCUGGCCCCACUUUUACGCCGAAAACAACGCUUCGGGCCACCGACCUUUGCUUGCGGUGACUCCCGACGCGCCGGAGAAAGAAAUUCUGUUCCUGAAAAAGCAUCAUCGCGUUGACCGCAUUUGAGAGAAAGGCGCGAAGUCUGAAAGUAACGUUGUUAAACGGGGCUAGUUGAUCCCCAUAUUUAUGAGUUUGGUUCGUGUUACCAGCGGAGUGUAAACGGAACACGAAGAGGAGCAGUAGACGGCACAAACGCUGGUGGUAUUUGUGGUUGUGGCGUCUGCAUCUUGCCUGCCUGUUCCGUCGAUAUCGCGAUAGUGUUACGGACCGCCAUCUUUGAAAACGUGCCCAAUUUUCAAGUCAUAUACAUCUGCGUGUUAAGAUGCCAGUUAGCUUUCUGAAAGAUCUUAGAGAAAGGCACGUCGGUGGCGGCUCGCGCGAACUACGCUUUUGACAAGCUCAGUGUUAAGAAUAUUUGUUUUUACUGGAUUUACUUACUGGUUAUUCGAUCAUAAAACAAGGUAAAAAGAAAGCAAGAAAGAAGCAAAUUAGUUGAAAUCGACAAGAUGCACCCCUCCUGUGAGCCCUGCCCUCCCCCCC